AAAAAUAACGGCAUAUUUUUCUCGCCCCUCUCUGGAUUUUCUCGGACAAAACAAAACAUUACUCUCUCUCCAAAGCCAAACCGGGCUAUUUUUUCUCAAAGAUUUUUGGAAGAUCCAAAGAUAACCCAUUUUCACAAACCAUGUAGCCCAUGUAGAUCUUCACUCUCUCUCACACACACAUAACGGCACUAACUUUUGUGACUAUUUCUCUUUAGACUGCACAAUGGUGGUGAAAAUGAUGAGGUGGCGUCCAUGGCCACCCCUUCUAUCAAAGAAAUUUGAAGUAAAACUCAUAGUUCGAAGGUUAGAGGGCUUGGACAGUGAUUUCCUGCAUGAGGGUAUGGAGAAGGAUCGUGGACUGGCGGUAGAGAUCAGGUGGAAAGGAUCCAAGAUCGCUCUGAGCUCGUUUGGGAGGACGGUGAAGAGAAACUUUACAAGGGAGGAAAAUCCGAGGGUGUUUGGGUCAAACGGCGUCGUUGAGUGGGAAGAAGAGUUUCAAACCGUGUGUAAUCUUUCUGGGUACAAGGACAAUGUGUUUCAUCCUUGGGAGAUUGGAUUUAGUGUGUUGAAUGGCUUGAACCCGGGGCCAAAGAACAAGGUUCCUGUUGUUGGGACGGCAUUGUUAAACCUUGCUGAAUUUACGUCUGCAGCUGCAGAGAAAGAGUUUGAACUUAACAUCCCUCUGGCAGUUUCAGGCAAUGCAGCUGAGCCUUGUCCCUCACUUUGUAUAUCGCUUGGCUUAUUGGGACUGAGAACUGCUGGAGAACCAAUAGAGGCAGUGCAGAGAUCAAUAGCGAAAGCUGGUCUUAGAAAGGUGAAAAUCUUUACUAAGUAUGUCUCGGCCCGAAGAGCGAAGAAAGCUUGCCAUGAGGAAGAGGGCAGCGAUGGCAGGUGCUCUUCUAGGAGUGAGGAUGGCAAUUUUACAUACCCUUUUGACUCAGACUCAGUUGAUGAAUUUGAGGAAUCGGAUGAGAGCAAGGAAGACUCUAAUGUUACGAAGUCAUUCAGUUAUGGGCCUUUGGCUUUUGCAAAUUGUGCAGGACAGCAAUUCCAUUGCAGCAUGAGAAUCAAUGGUGAGGAUGACGACUGGAUUUACUACAGCCAUUGCAAAUCAGAUGUCGGCUGCUCCCACAUGGAGGACUUGACUGCCUCUAUAUCCGAGCCAUCUCUGUCGCGGAAUGUGAAGCGAAGUAUUCUACCUUGGAGGAAGAGGAAGCUGAGUUUCAGAUCUCCUAAAACCAAAGGGGAGCCACUGUUAAAAAAGGUCUAUGGAGAAGAAGGCGGAGAUGACAUUGACUUUGACCGUCGGCAGCUUAGUUCUGACGAAUCUCUCUUUUCUGAUUGCCAUAAGACUGAAGAAGACUCAAGCGCAAAUCUAUCCUCAUUAUCUGAAUUUGGGGAUGAUAAUUUUGCUAUCGGCAGUUGGGAACAGAAAGACAUCACGAGCCGUGAUGGAUACAUGAAGCUUCAAACCCAGGUCUUCUUUGCUUCCAUUGAUCAGCGAAGCGAGCAGGCAGCAGGCGAGAGUGCAUGCACAGUCCUUGUUGCUGUGAUUACUGAUUGGUUGCAAAACAACAAUGAUCUGAUGCCUAUAAAGUCACAAUUUGACAGUCUGAUCAGAGAAGGCUCAUUGGAGUGGAGAAAAUUCUGUGAGAAUGAAACCUAUAGGGAGCGGUUUCCAGACAAGCAUUUUGAUUUAGAAACAGUUCUCCAAGCCAGUAUACGUUCUCUUGCUGUAAUUUCUCGAAAGUCGUUUAUUGGGUUUUUCCAUCCAGAUGGGAUGGAGGAAGGGAGAUUUGAUUUUUUGCAUGGGGCUAUGUCUUUUGACAGUAUAUGGGACGAGAUCAGUCGAGCUGGAUCAGAAUGCCCUACCAAGGGUGAGCCCCAAGUUUAUAUCAUCAGUUGGAAUGACCAUUUUUUUGUCCUCAAGGUUGAACAAGAAGCUUACUACAUCAUUGACACAUUAGGGGAGAGACUCUAUGAGGGAUGCUACCAGGCUUAUAUCUUGAAAUUUGACAGAAACACAACGAUCUUUAAACUGCCCAGUGCUACACAAUCAUACAAAGAAAAUACUGCUAGUGGACAGCAGAUAGUUGCUGCUGCUGUGGAACCCAAAUACCAGAAGAGUCAACAGAUCAACCCAGAGGAGGGUGCCAUAGGAGGGCUUACAGUAAUUGGACCUGAAGAAUCAAUGAAGAGUGAAAUGGAAGAAGAGGUGGUGUGUCGAGGAAAGGAAUCGUGCAAGGAGUACAUAAAGAGCUUCUUGGCUGCAAUCCCAAUUAGGGAAUUGCAAGCUGAUCUGAAGAAAGGUUUGGUUUCAUCAACGCCUGUUCAUCACCGAUUACAGAUUGAAUUUCAUUUCACCCACUUACGACAUCCAGCACCCAAAACUCCAGCAAUAGAAGUUUCCACAGGCACACCCGUGCCACAAGUUGUUGAAGUUGCAUUAAUGGAGGAUGUCGCGUAGGUACUUGCUGUAAAUCGUAGGAGAAGUGUGAUUAUUUUCUAAUUUUUUUUUUCUCUUUUAACAAAUAACAAUGGUAUGUCAUCAGGUGAAUGGAUCAAAAAAAGGAUCUCAUUUCAUCUUUCCAGUAGUUUUCGAGUUCUUUUUUUUUUUUUUUCCAAAAUGUAUCCUGGUUACAAUGAAACCAUCCUUACUACAAAGUGUUUAUGCUUGUUUAUGUCUCUUUGUUGUUAUAUUGUGUGGCAACUGCCUUUAUUUUGCCUUUCCAAGAAAGGGAUAGCUUGUACAACACUUUGUAAUCUCGCUCUCUUCUGUUGAAGUACCUCUAACUUGUGAUAUGUCUCCUACUUUUCUUG